GCGAGAAAGCGGAUGGUCUGGACUCUGGUAGCCUAAAAAUACUUCUUAGAGCUCGCUCUCCUUUCCCUGUCAGCUUGUACCUGCAGCCGUGUAGCUCGGGUUGAUGCACGACGAGCGUCUACUCUCCGUUCUUGGGUCCCUAUCUGCUCUCUUCUACCGCUCUUCCUCUGCUCCUGAUCUCCAUGGCUUCCGGUAGCUACAGGAACGGAACUCCCAAGACAACUAAGCCCGACCGCUCAACUUCCUCCACCUACACCACUCCCAAGCCCACUGCUAAGUCACGUGUUGCCGCCGGAGGUGGCGCUAACGUCCGCCGCAGUAGCGCUGUGCCGCUCAUCGCCAAGGAUGACGCCGGAGUCCCAGGGAGAGUUCGAGUUGCUGUAAGACUUAGGCCUCAGAAUUCAGAGGAGUUGGUAGCUGAUGCUGAUUUUGCUGAUUGUGUUGAAUUACAGUCCGAGCUUAAAAGGUUAAAGCUCCGUAAAAAUAAUUGGGAGUCAGAAACAUAUGAAUUUGAUGAAGUGCUUACUGAAUCAGCCUCACAAAAACGUGUUUAUGAGGUUGUUGCCAAACCAGUCGUUGAGAGUGUUUUGGAGGGAUACAAUGGCACAGUUAUGGCUUAUGGCCAGACAGGGACUGGAAAAACCUUUACUCUUGGAAAGCUUGGAGAAGACAACAUAGCGGCUCGUGGAAUUAUGGUGCGUGCCAUGGAGGAUAUUCUUUCUGAUACUUCUCCAACCAUUGAUUCUGUAUCCGUCUCCUACUUUCAGCUCUAUAUGGAAACGAUCCAAGAUCUUCUUUGUCCUGGGAAUGAUAACAUUGCCAUUGUAGAAGAUCCAAAGUCAGGGGAUGUGUCUAUACCUGCAGCAACUGUUGUUGAAAUUAGAGACCAGAGAAGUUUUUUAGAGCUCUUAAGAAUAGGGGAAGCUCACCGUUUUGCUGCGAAUACGAAGUUAAACACAGAAUCAUCUCGCAGCCAUGCCAUUUUAAUGGUUCAUGUUAAGAGAUCCAUAAAGGGAAGGCAUGAUGGUGAAGAAGGUUUUCCUGUUGAGAACGGCCAGGCAUCUUCCUUGGUCAAAUCAUUCAGGCCUCCAAUAGUCAGGAAAAGUAAACUCGUUAUUGUAGAUCUUGCUGGUUCAGAGCGAAUAGAUAAAUCAGGAAGUGAGGGGCAUACAUUAGAAGAAGCAAAGUCCAUCAAUCUCUCAUUGACUGCACUGGGUAAAUGCAUUAAUGCUCUUGCAGAAAAUAGCGCACAUGUCCCAUUUCGUGAUUCCAAGCUUACAAGGUUGCUUCGGGAUUCAUUUGGAGGAACUGCAAGAACGUCAUUGGUUGUGACAAUCGGUCCAUCUCCACGCCAUCGCGGAGAGACAUCAAGUACUAUAAUGUUUGGACAAAGGGCAAUGAAGGUGGAGAAUAUGGUAAAAUUGAAGGAAGAAUUUGACUACAAGAGCUUGUGCAGAAGGCUUGAUGUAGAGCUAGACAAGUUAUUUUCUGAGAACGAAAGGCUGCAGAAAGAUUUUGAAGAUGAAAUUGAGAGAGUUAAAGCAGAAGCACAAAAUCGAAUAUCAGAGGUUGAGAGAAAAUAUAUGAUUUCCCUAGAGAAUGAGAGAUUGAAGUACCAACAAGAUUAUAUGGACUCAAUAAAGAAGCUUGAGGAGAAGUGGAUGAUCAAUCAGCAGAUCAGUAAUAACGAGAGAUUUUGGGUUGGCAAUCAUGAAGGAUUUAUGGAUGGUGGAGAGGCUUCAGUGCCAUCAACUUCAGAUAGCAUGAAUGAUGACAAACAGUUGGUAAAGACUGAAAAUCUUUUAAGACAAUCAAGCGAGGAUGAAGUUUCUAGCCUUAAGAGUCAGGUAGCACAGUGGAAAAGGUUAGAGGCAGCUGCAAAUGCUGAGAUUGUAAAGCUUAACAAGAAACUCGAGAGUGAAGCCCAUCAGAAAGAGAAGCUUGAAGAAGAGAUUAAUAUUCUAAAAAAUAGGCUUUUGCAGUUGAGUUUCGAAGCUGAUGAGACUCGGAGAAGCCUUGAUAGAGGUGGAUCUGGUAAAGCUUUCUCUGGUUUUGACACCUUUAUGUCCCAAGCUAGAUCUUCUCAAAUUCGAGACUCGGCAAAUGGGCAGAAGGCAUCUAUUGCUAAACUUUUUGAACAAGUUGGUUUGCAGAAGAUUUUGUCAUUGCUUGAAUCAGAAGAUGCAGAUGUGCGUAUUCAUGCUGUAAAAGUUGUAGCAAACCUUGCAGCUGAAGAAGCAAAUCAAGAGAAGAUUGUUGAAGCAGGAGGCCUUAGUUCCUUGCUUAUCCUUCUAAGAAGCUCAGAGGAUGAAACAAUACGCAGGGUAGCAGCUGGUGCAAUUGCAAAUCUUGCAAUGAAUGAAACAAACCAAGAGCUUGUAAUGGUGCAAGAUGGCAUCAGUUUGUUAUCAAUGACUGCAGCUGAUGCUGAGGACCCUCAAACUCUUCGGAUGGUGGCUGGAGCUAUUGCUAACUUAUGUGGCAAUGAUAGACUCCAGACAAGACUUAGAGCAGAAGGUGGCAUAAAAGCACUUCUUGGGAUGGUCAGAUGUGGGCAUCCGGAUGUUCUCGCUCAAGUUGCUCGUGGAAUUGCUAACUUUGCAAAAUGCGAGUCUAGGGCUUCUACGCAAGGAAAUAAUACUGGGCGUUCACUUCUAAUUGAAGAUGGAGCACUCCCCUGGAUAGUCAAGAAUGCCAACAACGAAGCUUCACCAAUCAGGCGGCAUAUUGAGCUUGCCCUCUGUCACUUGGCACAACAUGAAGUAAAUGCAAAGGAUAUGAUUAAUGAAGGUGCCUUGUGGGAGCUUGUUCGCAUUUCAAGGGACUGUUCUCGAGAGGACAUUAGAAUGCUUGCUCACAAAACUCUUACUGCCAGUCCCAAAUUUCAAGCAGAAUUGCGACGAUUGCGCAUAGAAUGUUGAGAUAUACGGAUUGAUUUGCAAGCAUUUAAGCAUGGAAUCUGCUCUUUUCAAGGAAGCAGAGAUGAUUUGAUCUGAAAUUUCUUCAAAACCUUCAUGAAUUCAAGAGGGAAGGAGGUCUGAAACUAUUCUCACCUUGGAUGGAGCCUAAGAAUUGCUAUUUGAUUCAUGAUCCUUUGAUCGAUCAGGCAAGCCAUACCUAAUCAUUUAUAUCAAUUUUCUCGUUUCAAUCCUGAUUACUAGCUUCAUCCAGUUAAAUCACAUUACCAGCCCAGCUUUUGUAUAAAUGUGUAUAUGAAAAGAAUUGGUUGUAAGCUUGAUUGGAGAAGAAAAUUUGUAGGAUCAUCUGAUUUCUAUAAUCCUGAAACCAUAUUUUAAUUUUUGGGCUGCAGAUGUACUGAAACUUCCUGUUUGGUUUCGAUUUAUUUUAUAAUUAUCAUAGCUGGCAUAAGUUUUACGAA